AUGCUGAACUUACCAACCAGUAAUCCAGAUAUUCAUGAGCAAAUGAUUGCUGGAAAUUUUGCAACCCAACGUACAUCACAGCCAUUCAACCAGACUCCAAUGGACCAAACUCUCGAGCAGACACUGAAUAAGAAUUCCAAAACUAAAGGUGGUAUGAUUGGAUUUUCAAUUAACAAAUCUGCUGUCCAUCGAUGGAUUAAAAGUUUUGCUGAUAGAGCAGAGAUUCAAUCUAUAUGUGAGAAUAUGGCUGGUCGUGGUAAUCAUACACAUCAAAGGAAAGAAAUGGAUAUCAGAUUACACGAUAAGAAGUCAGUGAAAAGUGUGAUCAGUACCAUAGAGGCAAUGACAAAUCCGGUUUCCAUAGAGGAUGACGAGUUGGUCAACAUUGUCUCUGGCGCCGUUGCGUCACCGGAGGCCAAAGAAGAUAUUGCACGAGCCAAAACUGCUGGAGAGGAACAAUGCUUUGAGUACAUUGAUCUACGCCUAAAGAAAAAGGAACUGGAGGUUUUUGAUGUAUUCACAGCACUGAAACUCAAAACGUUUUCAUCAACCACUAAGACUACUAAGGCAAAAUCGGAAAAGACAGUGUUACAAACUACAGCAAGAGAUCUUGCCCGAGUUCUGAUAGUCGCCAAGUCUAAUAACUUGGACUUGAAUUACAUACUGUCUUUCCCUCUGUACCCAGUGCCAUUGUCGCUUGCCAACUAUGACGGUACAUUAGCUAAGACUGACAAGUCUGCCAUAGGCUGUUGA